GUUCGAGUAUUUGGGAAACACUUGUAAGUUUAUCAAAUUGAAGUUCUGUUCAUUUUCUCAUGCAUGACGGAUAGUACAUUAAGGAAAGGUAAACAGAAACUCCAUUUGUGGCCAGAUCGAGAGGCAGAUGGAAAGCAAGAUACGAGCACACCAAGCAAGAUAAAGGCAAAGGAUGGUGACGAUAUGAACAAAUUAGAAAAGCUCGUGAAAAGAUAUGACUGUGGUGAUAUUCGUCCCGUAGAAUGGUUGGAUAACUUGGCAUUUAGACAGAUUGAAAAGAUACAUAAAAAUGCAUCUGCUACACUUACCGAGCUUGCUCUCUAUGUUGACCUUCCAAAGUUUGAUUUUCCAGUCGUCUUUGGUGAAAUGGAAUACACACUACCUACUCCAUUUAUCACAGAUGAUGCUAAUAAUGAACCUCAGCAACUGGUAACAGCCAUGAAUCAGCCUAUUCACUCAAGUGAUGCCGAGUUAUUGUCGAUCAACUAUUCAAUCGUACUUGAUCCUGAUCUGCAUCGAGAUAAUCCAGUAGAAGCAAAACACCGUAGACUGGUUAGAAGUCAUCGUAGUGGGCCACUGGAUCGUGACCUAAAACCAAAUCCAAAGAUUCGAGAUGAGCUAAACAGCAUUAUGUCUUAUCCACCUACACAAACAUUAACUUCUGAAGAAAAGGACCUGAUUUGGAAAUUCAGAUUUUAUUUAACAAGAGAUAAAAGGGCAUUGACAAAGUUUUUAAAGUGCGUUGUCUGGACAGAUUCUACAGAAGUGAGACAAGCGGUGGAUUUAUUACCUCUUUGGGUUGAUAUUGAUGUGGAUGACGCACUGGAGUUACUAGGCAAAGAGUUUCAAAAUAGAGCUGUUCGUUCUUAUGCUGUCAAUCAAUUAAAGAAGGCAGAUGAUGACGAUCUACUGCUAUAUCUUUUACAACUUGUACAGGCUCUCAAGUUUGAGCACUACAACGACAAAGGCAUGGAUAAUGAUUCAUCUCUAGAAAGGUUUUUAAUCAGUAGGUCCUACAGCAACCCGGUAUUAGGAAACUACUUUCAUUGGUAUGUUAUGGUCGAAUGUGAGGAUCCUGCAGUACACAAGAUGUACGCCAAGGUGACAUAUGACUACUUUAAUGCACUUAUGGAAGUACCAAGAGGAUAUGCCAGAAGAGAAGAGCUACGACAGCAGGGCACACUUAUUCAGACUCUAUCUCAACUAUCCAAAGAGAUUCGGCUGAUGAAGGAAGGAAGGGCCAAGAAGGUUGAAAAGUUACGGUCUAUUGUUGCUGAUCCAAAGGGCCAACUUCAUUCAUUUCCACCGCUUCCAUUACCGCUAGAUCCUACCAAGCGAGUGUGUGGUAUCAUUGCAGAAAAAUCAGGCAUUUUCAACAGUAAUCUUCAGCCACUGAGGCUAACAUUUGUAUGUGAGGAUAAGAGUGAAUACCCCAUCAUCUUUAAGACUGGAGAUGACUUGCGUCAAGAUCAACUUGUGAUACAAAUCAUCUUGCUUAUGGAUAAAUUGAUGCAAAAGGAAAAUUUGGAUUUGAAAUUAAUGCCAUAUAAAGUAUUAGCUACUGGCUCAGAGCAUGGAUUGAUGCAAUUUAUUCCAUCCAUGUCCUUGGCUGCUGUAUUAAAUGAACAUCAGAAUAAUGUAUUGAGCUUCUUUAGAAAGCAUCAUCCAAGCUCAGAACCAGGUAAUGUGUAUGGUAUUGAUCCUCAAGUGAUGGAGACUUAUAUAAGAAGCUGUGCUGGCUAUUGUGUCAUAACAUACCUGCUUGGUGUGGGUGAUCGUCACUUGGAUAACUUGCUACUCUCCCCUGAUGGGCAUCUAUUCCAUGUUGACUUUGGGUUUAUCUUGGGCAGAGAUCCUAAGCCUUUCCCUCCGCCUAUGAAGUUAUGUAAGGAAAUGAUCGAAGCUAUGGGAGGAGCAAACUCGCCUUACUACAUAAACUUUCAGCAAUACUGCUAUACAGCUUUUACAACUCUUCGUAGAAAUGCUAAUUUGAUUCUAAACUUGUUUGCUUUGAUGGUAGACGCCAACAUACCAGAUAUCAAGAUUGAACCGGAUAAGGCAGUAUUAAAAGUACAAGAAAAGUUUAGACUUGACUUAUCAGAAGAAGCAGCCAUCUCCUAUUUCAGAGGAUUGAUAUCUGAGAGUGUCAAUGCGCUCUUUCCUCAGAUCAUGGAGACAGUACACAAGUGGGCACAAUAUUGGAGACGCUGAAAUAAGCAUAAUAAAGAGAUGUUGUAUGAAAACUCAGUGGACCUCAUAUUUGUUGUAAAAUUAGCUUUUAUAAAGUGUGAUUUGAUAUGUCAUCCGCAUUUUUGAUAGACUAGAUCAUUCUAUAUGCUGUACAUAAAAGAAUGUGAGUCAUUGUGUAUGUAUACGGUGUGCAAAAUGGUAAAAAUGGUUCCUGUACGCUUUACUAGACUGCUUAAACUGUGUAACAGCAGUGGAUAAUGCAGAAAAAAAUGUCAGUUUUCGGGAAAAGCUUGUAUUACUUGCGUGUUUAAUCACAAGGUAGACGCACUGUAGACCAGUCUGAGCCGUAAAAGAGAAAAACUAACCACUUCCGACACCUUACGCGUGUUUUUGCGCGUUGUCAUGCUGUUGCAUGUCGAAGGGCCUUUGUCUUUUUUGCAAUAAGUAA